CAUGUUUACAAUGUUAGUUGAACACGUGGUGAUUUCAAAUAUGCAAGUUGCUAAGUGGUGUAUGACAUUCGAAAUCUUACACAUUCAGCUCCUUGUUUCGAUUAUCAGAUUAUCCUAGUCUCACGAUACUAUUUCUAUGAUUGUUCUCAAUUGCCUUGUUAUUAACGUAAGUGUACUGUUUAUGAUUGCUGAAUUGUCGACCCACCUUUAAUUUCGUCCCCUUAUCCAGCCCUGACGCUACUCUGCAUGCUCUCCUCGUUCACUAAGUACGUUCUAUCUAGACGCGAGCGGCUUCAAAGAGGUGUGUACUAAAGUAACUAGCUUACGGUCAUGAGAUCGCCUUAGUCACAGAUUUGUUAUCCUUGAUUGCUGUCGAUCGAUUUAUUUAUGGAGUGUUAAUACACUAGUUGUGAGACAUUCCGUUGAUAAAUUUGAUGUAAAAGGAGGCUACAAAGCACCAGAUGAUCUUUUAUCUGGACCAGGAAAUGGAUAGGAUUCCCAUCUAAACAUUCUCAUUGUGUCUCGAAGUUUACUCUCUAGGCUUUGAUUAAAUUAUCAACAAACAGUCUUGCUUUUCCACAAAUUAACGACGAAUGAUCUUAUUUCUUUCUAUUUUUGUGUUGCUAUAUUAUGUCUGCAUCGGUGAAGAAAAGUAGACUUUCCUAGAAUGAAAACCAUUCUUACUUCUAUUUUAAUAGAACUCUACUUCAUUUCAUGUAUUUCGCUUGGUUGGUCACAUCUAUGUACAGAUAAAGCGUGGCGAUAACCAGGCUUUUUUGAAUGAGAACGUUUGCUUAAGCCAGUUUACGUCACGAUUCGCAUUCGGUUUAGCGCUCUUUCUAUUAUGCAGCACGAAGUUCCUGACUAGGUCUUUAGAGCCUUAGUUGACCAGGUCUUAAAGGCAGAGUUAUCUAAUAGAAAAUAAUGUAUAAUAUUCAUAUAAGUGGGUUAUAGUUCGUUUAUUUGAGUUAUGUUAAAGGUUAUACGUAAUAUUUGUCCCCAAUAAAUGUUUAUUUCAUUUAGGUGUGGGAAGUAGUGAUGUAUGACAUUCUCAUCUAGUGGCGGAUAUCAACGACAAAUCCCAGUGUGGUUAUCAGCAAAGAAGUCUGUGCUACACUCUCGUUUAGACACUCAUUUGGUUUGUCUUUAAAAAUUUGAUCGUCGUGUUACUUUGCAUAGGACCCUUCUAGGUGCAGAUUAACAUGUAUGUUUGAUAUGAUUUAUCCUAGGAAACUUUAGUAAUUCAUGGCGAUUUUCAUGUCUUUUAAAUUGGUAUUAUAAAUUUUGUUUACUUCAAACACUUUAUCUUCAUCCAUUUCGGAGGAAAUCUAUCCUUGUUAUUUGACCACACACCGUGGUGACCUACACUGCUAAUUCAGUUUUAUCUUGGUGAGGUUGACUGUGUUCUCUUUUGACUUUUGUCGUUUGGGAACUCGUCACUUGUAAUAUUUUGGAGCUCUCUUACACUCACUAUUGUAACCAAUAAGUUUGAUGGAUAAUUUCCAGCACCUGUUGGAAAUCAAAAUUGUGUAUUGGUUGCUGCCUUCUACUUGCAUAUAUCAAAUAGAUUAUUAAGAAAUUCCUAGAAUAAUAGCGUUUAAAGGUAUUGUAUGUCUUGUUUGUUGACUGUUUUGAAGGUCAAAAUAACUUGAGAAUAAUCAAUAGCACUGUACCAUUUAAAAUUUUGGUUUUGUCACUCAGCAGAUUUAUCUUUGAAGCUAGAUAAUUUAAGUACUGGUGUUCUCUUUAUCGAUUUCAAUCAGAAGAUACAAUCCUACUUAAGUGGAUUUCCCUUAAAGUUUCUGAUUUUUUUCACUCUUUCAGUUAACAGCUGGAAAAAGAAUGUUUAAUUCUCACCAUAUACAUUUUGUAUUAUUUAUCAUACAACCACUUUCUUUGUACAGAUCUCAUUUUAUUAGACCUUGAUUUAGAUUUAAUAAACUGAGAUUAUAUGUAUUUUUAUACAGCCUAAAAACUGGUUGGUGUAUUAGCUCUUUGAAAAUUAGCUCAACACUUAAAGAAGAAACAAAAAAUGACAUACCAUGAGGAUUCUUCUGAGUUUAUAAAUAGAAAGCAUAAUUUGGUCGGGCUGGAUGAUGAAUCGAAUAUUCGACCACUUUAUAAAAACAAAAUUCGUAAUUCAUGUCGUCUUACUGGUCCAGCUGGUCAGCGAAACAAUGGAGCUGUACAAUAUUCGUCAACAGAUUUCUUAGGUUAUGACUGGAUAGCCUCUAUGGUAGAUAAUCAGAUAAGGCCCAUAUGCAAAAACAUUUCGAAUUGCCAAGUAAACGUAUCAGCGAAUCACUAUGUCGAUGAUGAAGAGUGGUUAAAUCAACGGGAAUUUUUCGAUAAAUUAAAUGCAUUUCGUCAAACAAAUUCUGAUCUUUGCUGUUCUCAACGACCUUUGAGCCUCCAUAAAACAUCUACGAAAGUUAACCAUAACAAGUCUGCGUUAAUGAAUAUUAGACAACGUGUACGACCACUGCCACCAAUUAGAACAAAUAAUUUUUCUCAUAAUGACAAUAACUUGAAACCUCCAACAAUUGUGCAGAACUACACAUUAAAUUCAAGGUUAUUUCCAGUGAGAACAGAUGUUAUAGCUGGUGAUAGAAAACAUGAAGAGAAAGCUGACAGUCCAAUAGUUCUAAGAAUAUCGAUUCCAUCUCAUCGUUUGAAGAAUACAAAAUUCCUAAAUGAAUCAUUUAAUGUCUACAAAAAGCAUAAUCCAUUAUCAACAUCAUAUCCUCUUAAGAAUACUAUCUCUCUUAUAGGACACUGUGAUUAUUCAGCGGGAACAAAACGUUGAUAUUAAAAAUCCAGUGUAUUCAAAUGACCAAUUAUAUCUUGUACAUUUGGUGCAUUUGUAUCUACACUACUGAUCUGAUAAAAAUAAUCCCUAUGCAUGAUGGAUAAUUUUAAAAUGUGUAAUUUUUUUUGUAAAUAUUGUAUAUAUCAAUAUGCUUUCCCAAAAUUGUUAUAUUUUUUUCAAAUUAAAAUUAAUUUAACAAAUAUGAAACAUUUUACUACAUUCUUUUGUAUGUUCGACUUUCUUCUGACUGGCGUUUUAAGAAUAAGAGAACAAGUGGUUACUGGUCACAUCUAUCAUUAUGUAUAAAAUAUGGGCUUUUUAAUCACUGUCUUAGGAAAGUUUUAAAGUCAGUGGUGGUCUUAGAUAAUGUCGCAUAACUAGUGACCAGCAGUGAGUUAUUUGACUACAAGUGAAAACGUUUACGUAAUUUUACGAUUUCAGUUAUUUAUAUUCAGAAAGUAUGCAGUGACUUAUCUAUGAUACAAAACAGUUGGUUUUGUCAGUCUCCUGCAAUAAACAUUUUGACUUGAUUACUAUGGGG